CACUUGGUAGAGCCAGGACUCUUGUCGUAGUCUAGAUUUUAAUCAUUAAGCUCUAGUUUUGGGCAUAAAAGCACCACCCAGAGAACCCCAAAUUUAGGACUCUUUGACCCAAAGAAGCUUCACUUCCUCUCACAAGAGUAAUCUUGUGAUCGCCUUUGCCUCCUCUUUCUCCUCCUCCUCCUUUCUGGAGGCUCCGCACUGCCUCCAACUUCAUUGAAUCCCAGACUGGGCAGAUAUAGACAGGGCUUAACCCUCUGUGAGUAAAUUUUCCAGCCCUGACAGAGUCAACCCUUUCCUGUAUUCUCCUAGAAAAUAACUUUUCCAGGUGUGAGAACAGAAAGAUGUGGAAGAUGCUGGGACUUCUUCUCAUCUGUGCCCUGCUGAGCCCCUCCCAAGGAAAAACACCUGCAAUUAGGUCUAUCUACAACCGAGCAGCAACACACAAUAUUAUGCUAUCUGGAACACUGCAUGAUGGGCUCCUCCAGAAUCUCUUGAAAGAACGCAUUGUGCUUCCAGACAUUAAUAUUGGAGGUCUGCUUGGUCCAGGUGGUAAAAUCAGUGGGAUAAAAAUUGCCAGUGUCCAACUUACUGGUUACUCAUUGGUGUUUAGGCCAGAAAUAAAUGGUGGUGAUGUGAUUGCCGACAUAAAGCUGGAGAUCACUGGCAAUGCUUUGCUUGGAGCCUCUUCUUUGAUCAAAAUCUCACUGGAACUGAAGUCCAAAGUUACAGCUGGACUUGCAAACUUUUCAGAAGGUACCUAUGAUGUUAUCAUUCAUGGAUGUGAUUGUCAGUUUGGAGCCAUUGACAUCAGCAUUUUGAGAAGUUCGCUUCCGGCAUCUGUGCUAAGCACAAUACGGGAAUCUAUCACUUCAAACAUAGACCGCCAGAUAUGUCCUGUAAUGACUGUUGUCUUGAAUGGGGUGAAACAACUUGUAUUGGCCACGAUAAAUGUGGAUCUUCCCUUUGGCUCAUAUGGGACCCUGAAGUACCAGCUGGCAGAGUUGCCAACUAUAACUGAUACCUUUGUCGAAUUUGAUAUAUCUGCUGAUUUCGAGUUAGCGGAAGGGGGUCUCCUCUCCAUCCCAAAUGACACCGUCUUCAUUAACCUGCCUUCCAUUCAGAGCUAUAGUUACUUUCAGAGUCUCCAUCCGGCGUUCUUGAAUAUGGUGAUGUCUGUCAUAGGCAAUAUGGAACCUCAGGAGUUCAACUGUACCCUUGAUGCGGGUUCUACAAUCAAGUGGAAAGUCCUGUACCUUAAACUUCUCCACUUGCAUGGUCACCUGGUUAAUGCUGCAAAUGACAAAGCCGUUGCACAGGUCGCCGUACAAACUGAGGUGUUCAGCAAUAAUGGAAAUGAAUCAUCCUCUCCGAUACUCAUCAUGAGAGACAGCAUGAAUCUGACCACUGCCUUCUCUGUGCUUGAUGGCAGGCUGGCCCUGGCCCUAUCCAUGGACAGCCAAGAUCAGCAGCUGGAUUCUUCAAGCGUUGGCAUCUCUAAGGGACCCAGUUUUGUGCCCCACUGCAAUAGCCUGCUGGAAGAAAGAAUAUUGUCUCUUCUCAAUGGGCGCCUUCGUGAUGGAAUCCCAGUGCCUUCCAUCCUAGGCACUGGAUGGGUCAAUGCAAGUGCUUCAGUGGUGGAGGGUGCCCUUGUGCUCUGCGUCUGAACCAGAGGAUCUUUCAUGCACAGAGUUCUCCGGAGCAAGGAGGAAAAAGGACGCCAGCCAGGAAGAAUGAGUCUUUAGCCUUCAUCCCAUGUACCCUUUUAUUGUGGUUCUCCCUCGAAUUAUCCCACUUCGUUUAUAUAGUGCUUAUAUACCAUAUGAAAAUUUGCAAACUUA